AUGGUUCAAGCUAGAGAAAAGAGACUGUUGUAUCUGCACGAGUUGGAGGAAUUUCUCUAUCAUGCUUAUAAUAGCGCGAAAAUGUAUAAGGAGCGAACAAUUCAUGACAAGAGCAUCCAACCUCGUGACUUUGAGCCUGGGCAGUUAGUCUUGUUGUAUAACUCUAGGCUGAAGAUUUUCGGAGGGAAGUUGAAAAGCAAGUGGUCUGGUCCGUUUGAAGUUGUUCGGGUCAUUGCAUAUGGGGCGGUUGAGCAAAAACUGCUGAAUGCCGAGCGAACAUUCUUGGUAAAUGGGCAGAGGGUCAAGCACUAUUUUGGGGAGGUCAUCAAUCCAGAGAAGACCUCAAUGGAUCUAAAAAAGGCUUGA